AUGGCCAGCGACACCAUACCAACCUGCCGAUGGGGCAUCAUCACCACUGGCCUCAUAUCCAGCUGGUUUGUGGCAGACCUUGAUCUGCCACGUCCCGAUGCAAAGGCAAAACAUAUCAUCCAAGCCAUUGGCACUUCUUCUGUAGACAAAGGCAAGGAGUUCGCCGCCAAGUAUAUCAAGAACGGCACCACACAACCCACCGUCUAUGGAAGCUAUGAGGACCUGUACCAGGAUCCCCAAGUUGACUGCGUCUACAUCGGGAGCCCCCACGGUUUUCAUAAGCGCGACCUUCUCGCCGCCAUCAAUGCGGGCAAAAACAUUCUGUGCGAGAAAGCCUUUACGAUCAAUGCGAAGGAAGCCAAAGAAGUCUUUGAGGCUGCCAAGAGUAAGGGUGUCUAUGUGCAUGAGGCUAUGUGGCUUCGUCACCGGCCGAUGGUUGCAGAUCUCAGAAAGCUGUUAUAUGAGGACAAGGUCAUCGGUGAUGUCUUCCGGACUACGAGUGAGUUUCAAAUGUACGUCGACAUGGCGAACAAGCCAGACACCUCGCGGUACAAGAAGCUAGAUCUUGGUGCCGGAUCGCUGCUCGAUAUUGGCAUCUAUUCGCUCACCUGGCUGCUCUUGACUCUCGACCCAGGCAUCCCGGCCAAGCCUGAGACACCCGAGAUCAAAGCCUUCCAGUCAUUCCGCGAGGGAAUUGAGGUGACCACCAGCGCGAUAUUUCACUAUCCUAGCAGCGGUCGUCAAGGCGUGUUCAUGUCGACUACAGAGAAAAAGAACGGACCUACCAAGGUCGUCGCAACCAUCGAUGGUACAGAUGGCUUCGUUGAAGUUGAGGGAGGUGCACCGUCACAUCCCAAGUCGUUUACUGUAUAUCCGAAGUGGGAGGGCGACGAGAAGCCGAAGGGGAAGAAAUAUGACUAUGAGCAAAAGUGGCAGGGCUUUGUGUACGAAGCCGACAACACUGCCUUGGACAUUGCUGCGGGCAAGAAAGAGAACUCCAUUAUGCCCUGGGCCGAGACGAUCCGGGUCAUGGAAAUCAUGGACGAAGUCCGACGGCAAGGCGGAACAAAGUACCCUCACGAUGGUGCAUAA